GUACAUACAGUAAAAAUGGCCUGUCAGUACAGAGAUUUGUAGCUGCUAGAUGCAGGGUUAAGUGUAUCAAUUAUCUACAUAUUCGUGAUUUCACCAAUAAACAACUUGUCUGACAGUUGCAUUCGGUCUGUGGUUUUGGUCUAGUUUUCUAUUUUUAACCAGUUAAAACAUCAAGCAGUUCAUUUACAAGUGAGUUCCAAAUUGUAUUAGAAGAAACAGAUAAUGAAUGGAGUGAUAUAAAAAUUGUUUCUUAUCACAUGGAAUGUAGCUGAGCAGGAUCCACCGCCAGAUUUGAAUACUCUUCUUCAACUUCCACCACCAUUAGGACAGUCCCUCCCAGACCUUUACAUUAUUGGGCUGCAAGAAAUUGGGUCCCUCCGAUUCACCAAAUGGAAGCCUGCUUUCAAGAAAGCACUCGCUGAGCACGGCUACAAAAAAGUUAAAAGUAAUCGGUUGUAUGUUUUGUCUGGAAUAAUGAUACAAGUGUUCGCUCUAGAAAAGCAUUUAGAAUUUAUAAAUAAGGUUGAAACUGGAAGUAUAGCGCUAGGUAUAGCCAAAAUUUUAGGUAACAAGGGAGCCACGAGUGUGAGGCUAAAUCUUUACAACAUGCCAACUUGUUUUGUCAACCUUCAUCUGGCUGCUCACGAGAAAGGUUUUAAUGAACGAUUGGAUCAGAUGUUGUAUGCAGAAAGAUAUCAGUCUUUCACCAAAACUGAAGUAGACACAAUUUUCAAAAACGAUCUUGUGUUUUGGCUUGGCGACCUAAACUUUCGCCUGCAUCAAGAUCUAAACCUCAGUGUCGAGGAUAUAAAAGACCACAUUCGGGAAAAACAGCUUGAUAAGCUUUUUGAACAUGAUGAGAUCAACCGUAUGAUGAAAAACGGAGGCUUCUUUCAAAAGCUGCAAGAAGCUGACAUCAAGUUUCCUCCAAGUUUCAAGUUUAAACUUGGGACAAACGAUUAUGUUACAAACCGUCGGCCUGCGUGGACUGAUCGUAUUUUGUACAGGGAUAGUGAAAAAGUGAAUAUAACCCCCAUAAGCUACAAAAGUGUGGAAGAGUAUAUGGUUAGUGACCACAAACCUGUAAUCGGCGAGUUUGAAAUUUCAAUCAAAGUCUAUAGUCUGUCCGUUCGGCUGUGA